AUGAGUCUUAAUGGUACUUCCAUCCAUUGGCAUGGUAUCAGACAAAACUACACCAACGAGAUGGAUGGUGUAGUUGGUCUCACUCAAUGCGCUCUGGCUCCUGGGCAAAGUAUGACUUACAAGUGGAUGGCCGAGAGCUAUGGCUUCUCCUGGUACCACAGU